AAGACAGAAUGGCAAGUUGCAGGCUUGCAGCAACGGCUUUAUCGUGGCUUUUCAAAUUCGGCUGUUGCAGCGUUUAUCGUGGAAAGUGCAAGUGUCUGCAGAAUACAAAAGAACCAGAUUCAAGUGGGUUAUCUGUUUUGUUCCCUAUUUCAUUGUUUAUCAUUUGAGGUUACCAGUAUCCGCAGGUUUGUCGGUUACGCUCUGUACCGUGGACAUUGAUCAAGUUGAACUGAAGUCAGCUGAUUGUACUGCUGCUCGUUAGGCCCCCAUAUUAGCAGGCUAACUCUUGCUCCACCGCAACGUUUCUUAUCAGCCUCUGCGGUGUGGUGAGAAAUCCUCAACAAGCGGUCUGUUCCCGGGAGAAGCAGAGACUGUACCAUUGGCAUCUCAAGUGGGUAUUCCUGAUGGUGCGCUGGUCUGACAGGUCGGCCGUGGCGCCCUACGAGAUGCCGGAAGUGAGCUAUUAUCCAGAUAGCAGUGGGCGCGACACCAGCAAGCUGCGCCUGAACGGUCUGCACUCUCCGGAUGGGAAGGACGGACUGGAGAGCCCCGAGAAAAGCGCCCUGCUGCCCUCGACGGAGGUCUCCACGGUGCGCAUCAUCCGCUCCAGUCCCGCCGACGACGACGAACUGCCGGCCAAGGACUACGAGAAGGCGGAUCUCUCGGCUCCCAGUGAUCGUUACCGUUUGGUCUUCCUUAUCAUGCUGGUGCACGGCAUGGGCGUGCUGCUGCCUUGGAACGUCUUUAUCAACGCAUCCGAGUAUUUUAAGGGUUACAAAUUCGGGUACUACUGUCCCAGCCUGAAUGAGUCGUUUUCGGCGGUCUGCAAUGAUUCCAAUCCUGCUGAAGUGAACCGCUUCUUCCGCAACAGCUGGUCCAACGACAUGGUUGUCGCCGCCCAGAUGCCCAACCUCAUUCUCAACGCUCUUAAUCUCUUCGUGAAUAUCGGGGGCGGCAAUCUGACCAUACGCAUCGCCAUCAGCAUCGUCAUCCUCAUAGUGGUCCUGAUGGAAACCUGCAUUUUGGCCAUAAUCGACAGCACGCUUUGGACGCCCACCUUCUACGUCAUCUCCAUGGCUUCUGUGGUGGUUGUGAACAUGGCCGGUGGUAUUUACCAGAACAGUCUCUUCGGAGUGGGAGCCUCACUUCCCGGCCGCUACACCAACGCCAUCAUCACCGGCAAUAACAUUUGCGGCACCUUUAUCGCGCUCUUGAACAUUAUGUCCCAGUCGGUCUUUGAAGGCCGCUCAGGCUGGCAUGGAUUCACGUAUUUUCUCAUUGCGCUGCUCUUCAUGAUUUUUGUCUUCGGCACCUACUUUAUUCUGCCUUCGCUGGCCUACUACCGGCACUUCUUCAGCCGUAAAGAGCGCAGUAUCAAUACACCGGCGCCAGAGCGAGAAUCCUUCAAAGAGCACAUUCAUUCGCUAUGGAUCACCUUCAAGCAGGUAUGGAUUCAGUGCUGGAACGUGUUCUUCGUCUUCUUCGUCACCUUGGCCUGCUUCCCCAAUUUCGGACUGAACAUAGAGCCGCAAAAGGGGGGGUCGAUCUUCGGGGCCUACUUCAUUUCCAUCGGCCUCUUCCUCAAUUUCAAUCUGUUUGCAUUUGUUGGCAACCUCUUGCCCAGUCUCUUCAUCUGGCCGGGUCCCCGUUGGGUGUGGAUCCCCGUUUUGCUGCGAGCGCUCUUCAUCCCUUUCUUCAUCUUUUGCAACAUGCAAAAUACCGGCGGCAAGGAGUUGUACCCCCGGAAGCUGCCGGUGUACUUCAUGAAUGAGUGGUGGUUCUUCGGCGGCCAGAUGUUACUGGGGCUUACCAGUGGUUAUUUCAGUAGUCUGACGAUGAUGUACGCCCCACAACAAGUAAAGGAUAAGCGUCUGGCGCCCAAGGCAGGCCAAACAGCGGCCUUUUUCCUGGUGUCGGGUAUCUUUUUCGGCCUGCUUUUCCCGCGAAUCGUCGACAAUCGUCUUUAAAAUCUCGUCCUCCGCGGGGCGCUCGUCGGCCCGGUCCACUCUGACCGAUGAACCCUUAAUUGUUUCUUAUUAGCACUUUGUUUAUUUGUUAUACCUUACGCGUAUCGUAAUCUCUUCUAUUCCGAAUUGUUGAUUUUGUUAGCGCUGGUAAUUACAAUGACGCUCAGUAUCUUGUGAGGAUUGGCUUUGCUCACUGAUAUUAUUGUGUUCCUAUUCCUUUUUUUGUGGAUAAUUGCCGUCAGCAUUUACAGACACAGCGUGGCAGUUGUUAUUUUUGUGCAGAUUUUGCCGGCAAUCUUUUAUUCUCUUAGCGUCACAAUAAAAAAGGCAUUUGUCA